AUGGAGGCUAUGGUUUCUGAUGAGACGGACCAAGGUCAUCGCCGAAAGGGUAAGGGGAAGGAUCUAGAGGAUGCGAUGCAAGACCAGAUAAAAGCGAUGGAACAAAAGAUAAGAAUAGUCAAUCUAGAGGAACAGAUUAGCACCCGCGGUCAACAGAUAGUCAGUCUAUGGCAACAGAUUAGCAGCUUCUGGCAAGAAGUAAGCAGUCUUUGGUCUUUGCAAGCAGCGCCGACAUCGUCAGAUAAAUGCACAGAGUUUGAUUGGCUACGUCAGGACUUGCCGUCGUGGGACUCAGGGAACUCCAAGCCUCCAAGCGCCACGCAGAGGGAGCGGAUGUACACCCCUGUGAGAGUGGAGUAUUGGGAUGUGGAAAGCAAAGUGGUAGCCAUCGCUUGUUUUGUCGUGAACAGCACCUGCGAAUUCGUUAGUAAGAAGCGACCAGAUUCCUCGUUAACAUACGCCGGGGAAGUGAACCUUGAAGUGCCACCAGAACCCUUAGCAGAGGAAGGAGAGUCGACGAACACAGACGGAUCAAAGGCCGCGGGCAGAGACGUUCAAAAGUGUUUCUUUUAUGCCAGACCUCCUCAUGUGGAUGUGUUAAUUCGAUCCAACGGAAUCGACCCCAACUGCUGGUGCCAUACUAACAUCUCGAAAGGACAUGCUAGGAGUAUUCUCAAUUGCAGUCUUCAGGUGUAUGAAUACCUGGUUUUGGCGAAGGUUGGGUAUGGCGUUCUCACCGAUAUCCAGAACUGGUAUCUCUGCAAAAGGGAUCAUGGUGGCUGCCUCUAUAUUUCAACAGGUUUCAAGUUAGAUGACCGGAAACCGCCUGUAUCUGCUGCAAUUGCUUAUUUGGUCAAUUCUGCUGUCGAUGCCCGCGGUGAGUUUGAUGUUUUACCCAGGAAGGGUGAGCGUCCCUGGAGCUGGGAGGUUUCUCCUUGCGCCAGUCCCAGUAGCGGCUCUAAAGAUGGUGAAGACGAGGAUAGGACCUACAAACUAAACGAGCGCGAAAUUGGUGGUUACAGAACGUCUCCAUCAAGGACUCGAAGGGGAUCCUCAAACGCGACACAGAACCAAUUGCAGGAGGUUCCUGCGCCGGACCUGCAUCUGGACGACCGCCCCAUCAGCACUGGGGGAUGGAGCGGCUGCGUGGUUGGCGGCACUUUGAUUGGUUGCCGUGUUGCAGUGAAGUUGGCUCUCCGCAAUUCGGAACGUGCGGAGGCUCUGCUGAACGAGGUGGACGCCUACCUAAAGCUACAGAAGUAUUGGGGGGAAUUCGUCCCCCAUUAGUAGGAUUUGGAACCACAGCCAAUGGCCAAAUUGUUUUCAUAGCGACAGGGUUGAUCGAUGGCAGUCCACUCGGACCUGGAACAGUGACCGAGGAGGUGGCCAAUGCGGCACUUGGGCUUGAUGCUGUCUACAAGUGUAAGUUACUUCAUGGGGGUGUUGAGGCGCGGAACAUUAUGGUUGUGCUGGGUACACAGCCUUCUGUCCGCCUUGUUGAUUUCGGCUUUGCGAAGCGCAGCUUUGUUUAGUACAGUGUAACCAUCUUUUCAAGCGACUCUGACGAGGGAGACUUAUCGUUGCCUGCCCUUCAAAAACUUUCGCUCCCUUUGCUCUCUCCUUCUCAUUUUUUCAACUGCUCCCAGGGCCGCCUCUCCUUGUCUUCUUUGUGUCCGCUUCUCCUCUCUCCAAGCUGUCAAAUUGGCUGCCGCCUUAAUGGCGGCCGCUAAAUUUCACAAGAUUCUUUUACGGAAAACUUUCAAAACAAUUUAAAUCCUAACUUAACAGUUCAAUUACACCUU